AUGGGCGUCAUUACUGGCCCCACCGCCCCGGCCGGUAUCACCACCGAUCUCAUGACGGUCUUGGGAGGUCGCGACACGAGAUGGUUCAAGGGCUGCCUUCUCAAGCUCAACAUGAUGCUUAUCUUCCUCUGUCUCUCCAAUUGUGGUAACGGCUACGAUGGUUCAAUGAUGAACGGUCUUCAAUCCCUUACCAACUGGCGGACCUAUUUCAACCACCCCGAGAACAAUGCCUCCCUUCUGGGUGUGUUCAACGCUAUUCAAACGAUUGGCGCGGUCGUUGGCCUCCCGCUGGCUCCCAUUGUCAACGACCGCCUGGGACGCAGGUGGUCCAUCUUCAUCGGUAACGCAAUUGUCCUCAUUGCCACUGGCAUUCAAGCUGGGGCCCAGAAUGUCGGCAUGUUCAUCGGCUCGAGAUGCCUCGUCGGCUUUGGUCUUAGCUUUGCUUGCAUGGGCGCGCCGAUUCUGAUCACCGAGCUCGCGUUCCCCACACACCGUGCCCCCGUCACCUCCAUCUUCAACACUGGUUGGGGCUUUGGUUCGAUUAUUGCUGCCUGGACGACCUACGGCACCUUCCGCAUAUCCAACAACUGGGCUUGGCGCCUUCCUUCGCUCCUCCAGGGUGUUACCGCUGGUAUCCAGGUCAUUGGCAUCUGGUUCGUUCCCGAGUCCCCCCGUUGGCUCAUCGACCAUGGACGCGAUGAAGAGGCUCGCAACAUUCUCGCCAAGUACCAUUGCAACGGGAACUUCGACGACCCGCUUCUUGCAUUCGAAUUCGAGGAGAUUAAGGAGGCCAUUCGUGCGGAGAAGGAGAACGCACAGUCCUCCAGCAUGAAGGAGCUUUUCACCACCAAGCCCAACCUCCGCCGUCUUCGUGUCUACCUGGCUCUCGCGAUCGCCGGACAAUGGUCGGGCAGUGGAAUUAUCAGCUACUACCUUACCGUGGUUCUCGACUCUAUCGGUAUCACCUCCCAGGACACCCAGACGUUGAUCAACGGCAUGAACACGCUCUGGUCAUGGAUCGUUGGAUUCAGUUUUGCUCUGAUGAUCGACAAGAUGGGUCGUCGAAAGAUGAUUCUUAUUUCAUUCAUCGGCAUGUGCUUCAACUUUACAUCUUGGACCAUCUGCUCCGCCAUCUACACCAAGUCGGCUACCGAGUACGACCCUGCUUGCCUCGCGGCAAACGGUGGUAGUUCAGCCAACUGUGUCGCUACGAACGCCAACCAGGCUGCCGGUCACGCUAUUCUGGCCUUCAUCUUCAUCAACGCACUCUUCUACUGGAUUGGUAUUGGACCAGUCGGAUCGACAUACGCACUUGAGAUUCUCCCCUACCGCCUUCGCACCAAGGGAAUUUUUGUCUACCAAAUGGCCGUCAACGCUGCCCUGGUGUUCAACCAGUAUGUCAACCCCAUUGCGCUUUCUGCCCUCGGAUGGCGCUACUACCUGGUGUACUGCGUUUUCCUCGCCUUUGAGGUAGUUUAUUUCUACGUCUUCUUGAUCGAAACGAGAGGACCCAACGGACCUCUGCCGCUGGAGGAGAUCUCAUUCCUCUUCGAGAAGGGCGCCUAUGGCUUCCAAAAGCCGCCAAAAGUCGGUAUCGAGGACAUUGAGCAUGCUGCUCAUAACGAUGAGAAAGAUGUGACGGAGAAGGAUGUGACGGAGAUUGAGCAACAGGAGAGGGUCACGACCCUUGCAGGCUAG